AUAACAGAGUAAGCAGACUAGCGAGUGUCAUAGCACACGUGAUGGACUGUGUUUGAAAUGAGGUGUUCGGAAAGAUCAUUUUAACUGAAUAUCAUUAGUAAUUGGCAGUCAUUAAAUUACACGGAAGACGUAUGAUGAUGAAGGGAUGUUUUGGCGAGGUGGGUGUGUGUGUGGUACUGCUGGUGUGUUGCUGGGGACAGGAAGUGACCGCCCAGCCAGCCCUCACUUACCACAACCAUGUCCACGUGGCAGGAAGCACGCACGCUGAGUCAAGAUAUGGGAUGAAUGACGUCAGCUGUCCGUACCAGGUUCGUAGCUUCGAGAUCGAUUAUGAGCAUUCCCAGUUCCUGAAGGACGGCCAGCCUUACCGCUAUGUGUCGGGUUCCAUCCACUACUUCCGCGUGCUCGCCGCAGACUGGCCCGAUAGAUUAUGGAAGCUAAGGAUGGCGGGAUUCAAUGCUGUACAGACAGUGAUCGAGUGGGCGACGCACGAGCCACGGCAGGGCGAAUAUCUUUUCUCUGGAAACAAUGACCUGGAGGAGUUCAUCAAGACGGCGCAGCGGCUGGGGCUGGAUGUCAUCCUGCGCAUCGGCCCCUACAUCUGUGCAGAGAGAGACAUGGGUGGAAUGCCUUACUGGCUCCUGAAGCUGCACCCAGACAUUCGCCUGCGCACCUCAGAUCCCGCGUUCCUUAGGCACAUGGACCGCUGGCUGGGGGAGGUGCUGCUGCCCAGGAUACGAUCCCUGCUGUACGAAAAUGGCGGCCCAGUCAUCAUGGUGCAGCUGGAGAACGAGUACGGGUGCCUUGUGAAGCUGUGUGACCGCCACUACACGAAGCACCUGCGGGAUUUGACGCGGGAGAAGCUUGGGCCACGCGUUGUGCUUUUCACUACAGACAACCCGAUCCCGGACCACCUGAUGGAGGGCAAAAUUCCGGGGGUGUAUGCCACUAUUGACUUCGGUGUGGGCAGGAAUCCCGGUUUGAUGUUCCUAAUGCAGCGCCUGUUCGAGCCCCGCGGUCCCCUGGUUAACUCAGAGUACUACCCUGGCUGGCUUGACCACUGGGGGGAGCCGCACCACACCGUUGACGCGCAGGUGCUGGCAGAGGGACUUGACGCCAUCCUCGCUCUCAACGCCUCCGUCAAUAUGUUCAUGUUCCACGGCGGCACUUCUUUCGGCCUCACUUCAGGUUCCAACAUAUUGCCCAAAUUCCGGGCUAACCCAACCUCCUAUGACUAUGAUGCCCCGGUAUCUGAGGCAGGUGACCCCACGGAUAAGUACUUACCCAUCAGGGACGUGGUGAGCAAGUACCUCCCCGUGCCACAAGGACCCAUACCCAGGCCGACGAAGAAGGGAGUGUACGGCGCGGUGAACCUGACAGCCAUCGCCAGUUUGUGGGAGGUAGCGGCUCGUCUCCCCACCACCUACCACCCUUGGCCUCUCACCUUCGAGCAGCUUGAUCUCUCCGUUGGCCUCGUCAUCUACUCCACCCGCGUCCCCUUCAGGAUUCCGGACCCAGCACGCUUAAGUCUUCCCAACGUGCACGACCGCGGGUACGUGUUCGUGGGCGGGAGGGACGCGGGCAUGGUGUCGCGGGAGCAGGGCAUGAUGGACGUGGCAGUGAGAGCGACGCAAGGUGAUACAAUUACUGUCGUGGUGGAGAGCCAGGGUAGAAUCUCCGCGGGAUCUCACAUCAAUGACUUCAAGGGCCUUACUACCAACGCUACCCUAAAUGGACACGUCUUGAAAGGAUGGAACAUGACUGCUGUGCCUCUGACAAACACCUCCAUACUCCCGGACGCCCCUUGGAGCCCUCGUCACCUACCAGCCACUCCAGGCACUCCCAGCGGCGGUCUUACCUUUUACAGCGGAGUCUUCACUGUUCCUGACGAAGACCCUCAUCCUCUGAACACUUUCCUGCGGGUUAAUGGCUGGAGCAAGGGAGUGGCGUGGGUCAACCGGUUCUGUCUAGGGAGAUACUGGCCUGAGGUGGGUCCGCAGGUCACACUCUACGUGCCUUGGUCAAUCCUGAAGCGUGGCCAGAACGAGCUGCUGCUUCUUGAGUUGGAGAGUGCCCCGUGCCCCGCCCCUCUCCCCUGCGCCGCCACCCUGCAGGACAAGCAUGUGUUGGACGGACCCACACCCACCUGACACCUUAGAAAAUUCCUGCAUAGGUUUCAGCAUCUCCAUUAGAGUUUGGUUUGUAGUUAAUUAAGGGAAGCGAUUUGUAAAGGUAGUUGUAGCUUAUACCUUUUCCUUUGAUACAAAUCGUUUUCUGCAAAAUUGUAUUGAUUCGUUAGAUGUUUAAUUGGUUGUUUGCUCACAUUUUUAAUCAUUCAUGGGAUGGAAUUCAUUAACAAUUCGAAUUUUAAUAUCAGUACGUAAAGAAAGAUAAGAGUCUGUAUGAAUUAUAGGGACUCUCAGGACGAGAUAAAAAAAAAAAAAGAAAAAAAGAAUGAUGACAUGAAACUUUCAGAAUAGGCCUAUAUGUUUUUAGGAAUGCGUAAAUUUUGAUAAAUUUAUGAUCAAUUUAUGAUACGUUACACAUUUAAUAAAAUUCAAAUACAUGUUGCAUGUCUUAUUAUUUGUUAAAUAAAUAAGUAUACUUU